CAUUUCGAUACAUUCAAAUUUGUCGAACGACUUGAGAAUGAAGGAUUCUCAAGAGAACAAAGUGAAGCCAUCAUGCGAUCAGUUCGUCAAGUUAUUUCAGAAAGCAUGACAGACCUCAGCAAAGCCAUGGUGACCAAAGCAGAGCAAGAAAAGACUGUUUACACAUACAAGGUGGAUUUUGCCCACCUCAAGUCAGAGGUCCAGUUGCUCGAGAAGAACGAUUUUUCAAUGAUGCAUGCCGAAAAUGAACGGCUCCAGGGUGAGAUCGAGAAGCUGCGACAGAAGCUGCGAGAGGAAAUUACGCGCACUCAGGCCAAUGUUCGGUUGGAUCUUAACCUCGAAAAGGGCCGGAUCCGGGAUGAAGCAAGUGCUCAGGAAAUCAAAAUCAAGGAAACUGACACCCGGAUCGAGAGUGAAAUCGCAGGCUUGCGUACACAGAUGGAAGCUAUCAAAUUCCAAAUUCUUCAGUACAUGAUCGGUACCAUUACUGGUGCAGGCGCUCUUUUCCUGGCUUACUUGCGCAUGUUCCGUUGA